AUGCCCUUCCUAGGAGCGGCAGUUAGACGGGACGGGACGGGACGCACGGGGGUGGGUGGGUACUGGGGGGGGAGGGGUCGGAGGAGGAGAAGAAGGAGGGAGGAGGAGGAGCAGGAGGAGGGGGGAGGAGUCCAGUGGUCCCCACUCCAGAAAGCGAGGGCUGCCGGUGGGGGCGGGGAGCCGGAGAGGCAGCAGGGGGCUCACUCAGCUGCUGCUGGGGGGGGCAUGGGCAUGGUCACGGUCACUGCUGCCGCCUCCACACAAAGGGGCCUGGGCCCGGGUCGGCUUCCUGCCGCCGCCGCGGGACUGCCGCCGGCCGGGCGCCCAGCCUUCCUUUCCCGCCGCCCCCUCCGAGGCUGGCAAGACUGGAGGGACGGGGCUGGCUGCUGGCUCGAUGGCUGGCUCCUCCCGUCCGGCCCCGGCCUGCGAGGGGGGAGAAGGACCCGGGUUAGGCCGCCUCCCCCUCCCCCUCACCCCGGAGCCCGGCCCGCACCCGCUCCCGCUCCCCCCCCCCCGGGGCCGGCCGAGAGGGGUAUUGGGGGGAGGGGGUCAGAAAAGGGUCGCAGCCACUUACCCUGGGGUAGACGCUCCUCGUCCGCCCCGUCAGCACCGCCGCCGCCUCAGGUCCAGUCGGGUCCGAUCAGGUCUGGCGAGCGUCUGCCCUACCGCGGACGGAGGGGCAGGGAAUGCUUGGAAAUCUUACUUUCGGGAUGUGGCAAAGUAGGGACAUUAAUUCAUUGCUGGUGGAGUUGUGAACUGAUCCAACCAUUCUGGAGGGCAAUUUGGAACUAUGCCCAAAGGGCGACAAAAAAAUAUCUACCCUUUGACCCAGUCAUAGCACUGCUGGGUCUGUACCCCAAAGAGAUAAUGGACAAAAAGACUUGUACAAAAAUAUUCAUAGCUGCGCUCUUUGUGGUGGCCCAAAACUGGAAAACGAGGGGAUGCCCAUCAAUUGGGGAAUGGCUGAACAAACUGUGGUAUAUGUUGGUGAUGGAAUACUAUUGUGCUAAAAGGAAUAAUAAAGUGGAGAAGUUCCAUGGAGACUGGAACAACCUCCAGGAAGUGAUGCAGAGCGAGAGGAGCAGAACCAGGAGAACAUUGUACACAGAGACUAAUACACUGUGGUAUAAUCGAACGUAAUGGACUUCUCCAUUAGUGGCGGUGUAAUGUCCCUGAACAACUUGCAGGGAUCCAGGAGAAAAAAACACCAUUCAUAAGCAAAGGAUAAACUAUGGGAGUGGAAACACCGAGAAAAAGCAACUGCCUGAAUACAGAGGUUGAGGGGACAUAACAGAGGAGAGACACUAAACGAAACUCUAAUGCAAAUACUAUCAACAAAGCAAUGGGUUCAAAUCAAGAAAACAUCUAACGCCCAGUGGACUUACGCGUCGGCUAUGGGGGGUGGGGGGGAGGAAAAGAAAAUGAUCUAUGUCUUUAACGAAUAAUGCUUGGAAAUGAUCAAAUAAAAUAUAUUAAUUAAAAAAAAAAAGGAAAUCUUACUUUCCCCUGAAAGAAUAUAGUCGGUUUUGAUGAGUAGGUGACUGUUGGUUGUAAACCCAGUUUGUUUGCCUUCGGGAAUAUCAUAUUCCAAGCCUUCCGAUUCUUCAAUGUAGAGGAUGCCAGAUCCUGUAUCAUCCUGACCGGAGAUCCAUUAUAUUUGAAUUGUUUCUUUCUAACUGCUUCUAGUAUUUUCUCCCUGGCCUGGGAACUCUUGAACUUGGCUCUAACAUUCCUAGGAGUUGUCAUUUGGGGAUUUAUUGCAGGAGGUGAUCUGUUGAUUCUUUCCAUUUCUAUUUUACCCUCUUGUCCAAAAAAUCUCAGGGCAGUUUUCUGGAUAAUUUCUUGUUAUGAUAUCUAGGCUUUUUAAUUUUUUGGUCUUGACUUUCAGGUAGUCCAAUAACUCUUAAAUUGUCUCUCUUGGAUUUCUUUUCCAGGUUAGUUGUUUUUUCAAUGAGAUAUUUCAUAUUUUCUUCUUUUUUUAUCCUUUUGAUUUGGUUUUAUUGUUUCUUGAUGUUUCAUGAAGUCAUUAGUGUCUAUUUGCCCAGUUUUAAUUUUUAAAGACUGAAUUUCUUCCAUGACCCUUUGAUCCUCCUUUUCCAUUUGAUCUAUUCUGCUUUUCAUGGAACUCUUUUCUUCAUUGGAUUUUUGUUCCUUUUUCCAGUUGACCAAUUUUGCUUUUUUAACCUGUUACUUUUUUAUUUACCUCAUUUUCUUCCCAUUUAUUGUCAACUCUAUCUUUUUUGAUUUUUUAAUUCUUUUUUUAAUUCUUCCAGGCACUUGAGACCAUUUUACAUUUUUCUUUGAAGGUUUGCUUGGAUAUCACAGUCCCCUAUUGAUUCUGUUUUACUCUUUGUCUCCAAAGAAAUUUUUUAUGGUUAGCUAUUUCUUUUGCUGUUUGCUCAUUUUCCCAGCCUUUUUUGUCUGUGGACUGGAAAUUCUGAAAGCCACUUGCUGACACUGUCUCCUCUGACACUGGCUUGCAGGGCUCCUGCACUAUGAGCUAUUUUGCCCUGGGGCUAGGUCAGCAUAGGCUUGAAAGGGCCAAGUACUAUGGAUUUCUAGGCCUCACUGCAGGCUGGUACCAGGGUCUGGGGUCUCUGUUGUUAGUGUAGCCUGAGUCUCAGAAUCCCAAAGUUGGCUUAUGGCCAGUUGUAAAACUUAGAGCAGUAGAUGAGGGUCAGAAGAUCAGACAGCACUCCUCUGUAUGGAGUUUUGCUUCCAUUUCCCCUUUAUCCCAUAAAAAUCAACUCACUCUGCCUACUUUCAAGUUGUAUUCAGCAGGAGAGCCUUCUCACUCCAUCAUGCUAUUGGUUUUUGACUCCUGUCAUUUUGAGGUGCUUUUUAAAGAUUGGUUUGGAAGGAUUGUCAGAGUGGUUUCAGCUUUUGCUGCUACUAAGCCACCAUCUUGGCUGUGAGCCCUCUGCAAUUCCACUUAAGAAAAAAUAGACUAUAUGCUUAUUUACCAAAUAUACCCUGAACUCCUUUGAUAAGCUUCUCUUGCCUCCCAGAAGUAUACAUAUUCCAAGUUAGGAACCUCUGGCUUGGUGGAUAAAGACCUUUAACUGCAAGUCAAGGAGACUUGAAUCUAUCAAGUUACACAUACUGGUUUCAUGAACCUGUGCAAAUCUCUUCAUUUCUCAGAGCCCCAGGCAAGUAUUACAAUUAAAAAUUACAAAAGAUUUAAUCUGCAUUUGUAGAAGUCCUUUUGCCUAGUACAAUGUGGUACUAUAAUAUGUGUUGAAUAAAAAUGAAGCAGGGAAAAAGGCAUAGGUCAUGUAUUACAACCAAAAGAAAAAAGAAAGCUCUAGUUUUAAAAUGGCUUUUCUUUGAAGUAUACCAGUUGGGACCUGAAAGGGACCUCAGAGGCCAUCUAGUCAAACUUCUUCUUUAAGCAUAAGGAGACACUGAGGCCCAACAAAAGAAAACGAUAGAACCCAAAUCCUCUGAUUCUAAAUCUAAUGUUCUUUCCACUACACAAAAUGUUUGCUAUAUGGUUGUUCUCUCCAGCCUUUCUAAGAAGCUAUAGUGGGUCAAUCAAAGUUUCAUUAUUGUUCUUAUGGCUCUGAUUUCACAUUGCCAUCCAAGGAAGUGAAAGGAGGCCUGGAGAGAGGGUUUUCAAGUCACUGCCUACCUAUCCAUGUGACCUGAGACAAACCACAACCUCUGAGCAUCCAUUUCCUCAUCUAUAAAAUGAAGAAGAUAGCUCCAUCUGCUCCAGCCAAUUUGGACUCCUCACUGAUCCUCAAAUAAGGCUGGCCUUUCUAGCCUCCCUGCCUUGGCUUCAGAGCUUCCAUUUAGGAAGACUACAAUCAUCCCAACUUUUUCUUGUCCAAUUCUGAUCUAAAACCAUACCACUUCACAUCCAUGAAGGCUCCCUAUCUGCCUCACUGCAUUAAUCCCUGCCUCCUCUGAGCACUUGCCCUGUCUGUGGUUUCUCUUAUGGAAUUUUCAUUUUCUAUCUUUUGUCCUGGCGCUUUGUGUUUGUGUUCCAGUAUACUUCUGAGACUGUAAGCACUUUGAGGGGAGGGAUAGUGAUGCGAUCAUAUGUAUCUAUCUUAACCAAUGCUUCUAUAGUGAAUGCUCAAUAAAUAUUUGUAGAACAAAUUAAUAAAUACCUAUGUUCCUUGUAAGGAUCAAAUGAGAUAAUAUGUGAAAUCACUUUGUAGACUCUAAAGAACUAUACACACAAAAAGGAUUAGUGUGCUUUACUUAAAAAAACCUGGCAGACUAAAACAAGUCAGGCUAGCAAAUAUCAGCUUUGUGAAUUAUCACACACACAUUAUUAUUGACUUAUCCCCCUUCUAAUCAGAAGACACCAGGGGAUGAGUGACCCUCCCUUAUCUGUCAGUCAACAAGUAUCACUAUGCCCAGCACUGUGCUAGGCUCAGAGAAUACAGAGGCAAAGAAGGAAGCAAUACUUACCUGAACUUACAUUAAAACUUUAAAUCUAAACGUUGUUCUUAUGCUGAUGCAGUAGGCACAACAGAUCUUAAAAUUCCCUGCAACUGAACUUCAUGUAUGAGGGUCAUAUUUUCUGCCCUGCCUACUUCUUCUUACCUAUCCCUUUUACUCCUAGGCUGGAAGACAAGCAUUUGAAACUCCAGUUCAUCAAACUGCUUACUUCCUCCUCUGCCCUACUUCAACCAUACUAGAAAUCAGUUAUACCCCUGAUCUUGUUAUUAUAUACAUUCAAAAAUCUGAAAUCCCUUUUUCUGACUAUAAUCAAUAGUCAGGCUUUCCAACUCUCCCUCUGCUUCUCCUUACCAAACUUUGAUCUUCACCCACGCUGUGUCCUUCAAUGACUCAACUCCUCAGUUCUCUCCCAGGCCAUCACACCUAUAAUAACCAUUCUCUCCUCUUUCCCCAUUCUGACCCCUUAAGCAGAUGAACUAUUUAAACUCCAUUGUCCUCUUCUUUUGAGUCCUCAGCCUCUUUAUCAUACUGCUGCUUGUGCCUUGCUAAGCCUCAGCCUUGCAUCUCUCCCACCAUUUGCCACCUUCAAUCCUACACAUAUGCUGCUGAACAAAGAUGGAGAAAACUUCACAGUCAUCCUCAGUGGAUUUAUUACAAAUUUAUGUUACACAAGCUCAAAUGGGCCUUUACUGCUACUAGGCAACCUUACUAUGCCCUUCCUUAUCAACUCACUAUCCCACCUUUUAAAGCAGCUCUUCCAAACUUUUUCAUCCUUCUUCAAACUUCUCAUGACUCCUCUCCCCAUCUCCUCAUUUGAGAACCUUGCCUCAUAUUUUGCAGAAAAAAAUUGUGGUCAUUCACCUCUCCUCCCCUUUCUCAUUUCAUGCCAUUCAGAUGCUUUCUGUCUUCUAUUUCUUCCUUCACCUGUCUCACAUGAAGAGAUAUUACCAAGGGUAACUCCUUAUCAAGAGUAAUACUUCUACCCACCAAAGCAAUCUCAUGCCAUCCUGAAUCUUCCAUCAGUUUGCUCCAGCAUCCCAAUUUCUCAAUUAUUUUCAAUCCCUCCUUGUUUACUAGCUGCUUCACUACUGCUCAAUCCAACUUUGGUUUCCUCUUUUUACCCCUUCUCACCACACUUCAUGUGACUCCAUGAAGCUAUAGUAUUUGCAUUGGCCACGCCCAUGGAAAAACUAAAUCAGGUUGAGGGUAACCAACAGGCCUCAAACCAGCCAUUGACUUAAGGGAAUGUCUACUCCAAGCAUGAGUAGACUUCCACAGGAAGAAUGAGCAGAUGAAAACAAUUUGUUCCAAUGGCCAUGAAGACAGCUAAAGCAGGAGAUAUACAUGCCCAAAGUGCCUUAAAAUAAUGCAUGCCCUUUCAUCCAGUAGUACCACUACUGGGUUUAUAUCCCAAAGAGAUAAAAAAAAUAUCUGGGCAAGGAUCUGUUUGUAUAAAAAUAUUUAUAGCUUCACUUUUUGUGGCGGCAAAAAAUUGGAAAAUGAGGGAGUAUCCCUCGAUUGGGGAAUGGCUGAACAAACUGUGGUAUAUGAUGGUGAUGGAAUACUAUUGUGCUAUAAGGAAUGAUGAAUUAAUGGAUUUCUAUAAGAACUAGAAAGACCUCCAGGAACUGAUGUGGAGUGAAAUAAGCAGAACCAGGGGAUCAUUAUACAAAGACAUUGUAACAUUGUGGGACAAUUAAAGGUAAUUGACUUUGCUAGUAAUAUCAAUGCAAUGAUCCAGGACAAUUCUGUUGGACUUAUGAGAAAGAAUGCUAUCCACAUCUAGAGAAGGAACUAUGGGAGUAGAAAUCCAGAAGAAAAUAUGUGAUUGAUCACUUGUUUAUAUGGGCAUGUAAUUUGGGGUUUUGGUUUUAAAGGGUUACUCUUUUACAAAAAUAAAUAAUAUGGA